CAAGCAGCGGAAGCUCCAGUGCGCCUCGCGUAAAGCUUUCCGUGCGCUCCCCUCGUCGGUUUUCACGGCGGCUGCCAGCUGGUAUCAAAACAUCAGGGCGCACGCAAAGUUCACCUCCAGGAGAGUUUGUGUGUGUGUCUGUGUGUGCAAAUUCAUGUGUGCUCAUUCUGUCUGUCUAAUAGACUGACCCCCCAGCACGCUGUUUAAAGGGAAGACAAGAGAGCUGAGUCAACGAAUCACAAGAAGGAUGCAACAGUUGAUGUGCGCCAGUUGCACAGUUUUCUUGUAUUUGGAGACGGCCUGCACACAAAGAGGAUGGUGGCUAUGAUCUGAUCAGAUGUUUUGCUGCUUUCAAACUCAUCUGGCAGAUAAACCUAAAGUUAAACAGCAGAUUCUACACAGCCAUUACAGUCUGUCAUUUUAUUGCCAGAAUGGACGUUUGGACUGAAAUGCAUUUGGAGGGACUUCAUGAUCUGCUGGAAUGGAGUUAAAGCGGGGGAUUUCGGAUGGUCUGCGGCGGUGAUUAGCAGUGCAGUCUGCACCAAUAUGCAUCGGAUUCUGCAGAGGAGGCGAGUGCGCAGGCUGCGGGUCGUCUGGGCUUCUCUGGCUCUGGUGGCUCUGUCUCUGGCCGCAUGCAGCGCGCUGUUUACGGCGUGGACUUUGCGACAAACGCGGGACCUGUCUCAGUCCUUCAAGAUCCUGCAGGACCGACUUGAGCAGGUCAACACACAGAGGAAGGCCAUUGUUCAGCUCAUUCUGGAGAAGAGAGAGCUGCUGGUGGGGCACCGAGUGAAGAGAGAUGAGAAAACGUCAAAAGCGGGGAAGAGUGGAAAUGGAAAGAAAGCGGCGUCUCAUUUUGAGAUAACCAAAGUCUCCUCUCAGCAAGUGGGAGAAGGUGGGGUGAUAAAGGGCUGGGAAGAGAGGACGCUGAAUAUGAGUAAAGCGGUGAGGUACAACAAGGAGGAAGGCACCUUCACUGUGGAGAAAACGGGCGUCUACUUCCUGUUUUGCCAGGUGUUGUUCAACGAGCAGCAGUCUCAGUACGUGAAACUAGAUGUGGUGACCAACGACCCGAGGCCUCAGAAGCUGCAAUGCAUGGAAGGCUAUGGGACAACCCCCUCCGCCGGGCCGCACCCUUUUCACUUCCUGAAGCCCUGCCAGGUGUCCGGCCUCCUGCGACUGGACAAAGGCACGAAGCUGCAGGCCAUCACAGGCCCGUCCUUCAGUCUCCACAGCGUAGGCAAUCCUUCCGCCUCGCCUCACGUCUUUAGCAUCUUUAAAGUUAACUGAGGCACAUCAUGGAAACUUUUUUUUUUUUUUUUUUUAUGAGUACACAGACUCAUGGGAGAAUUAACUUGUUUUUGUGCGGACGAGAUUGUUUUCUAAAUGGUGAAACUGUCACAAGCAGUCGAGGCAUCGCUUAAUGCUACAGCUUCUUCCCAAAGAUGCUACUUUGAAAGACAAACCUGACAUUUGGGGAAGCUGUUGUGGAAUUUUUUUUUUCCUCUGGACUGCAGAGCUGUUUUGGAACGCAGAUUUUGGAAUAAAACCAAGACCCGCAGUGAACAAAAUGCCUCGACGAAUGUCUGCCGAGGGAACAGAUGUGAUGGGAGCUGUUCUGUAGAUAAAGGGCCUCAUAUAAAAAAAGAAGAAAAUUCCUUGGAUGUUCAUCUUAGCCCAUGUAUUAUGCUAUAAAUUGCACUUAAACUCUUUAUAAGACUGUGAGUAAAGCUGUGCAUGCACCUUCCACUUCCACAGCUGAGAGCACGUCUGCGAGCGGCCUACACCAAUUGUCAUAUAUUUGAUACAAUGCAGCAUCAGUGUUUAUGAAAUCUCACAAAUCCAAACUUUUUUUUGUUUAUACUGAUUUUAUAAUCUUAAUGCAAACAUUUUCUUUGAAUACUUUGUAUAUAUUUUAUACACAUUUUACAUUUUAUUAAGUAAGGAGAUGGUUAAAAAGGGGGCCAUUUUUAAAUACCACGGAUGUGAAUUUGUUCUCUUUUGUAAGGUCAAAUGAUUGUUUGUAUUCUUUGUUGUCCAAGUUAUACCACACAAAGCAUAGCGCUUUAAAUAUAGCUUGACUCUUCUCCCUCUUCCUCACCUGAUUGAUGACCAUUUUUUAAAAUAAUAACCUGAUAACUGUUAAUCAGUCAAAAUACAGAUAAAGCUACAGUAUAAAUGAA